CGUGCAGGAGGGAAGGAGAAGCCCAGGCCGCCCGGGUCCCUGACAGAACGAUUUUUCUUCCAGAUUUGACUUGUAGCCCAGCAAUGUCACAGCAGAAGCAGCAAUCCUGGAAGCCUCCAAAUGAUCCCCAGUGCUCCCCUCCCCAAUGCUCAAACCCCUGCCUGGCUCCCUGCCUGACUCCUGGUGGUGCUCCCCAAUCAGCAGGCUGUCAUUCCAGUUUUCAAAGGCCUGAGGUUCAGAAGCCUAGGAGGGCUCGUCGGAAGCUGCGCUGCCUCAGUGGGGGCACGACCUACCACUGCAAAGAGGAAGAAUGCAUCGGUGACUGAGUCCAGAAGAGCUGAGGCACAGGGGCAGUGGCUUUACCCCAGCUUUGGGUGCUAAUUCCCCCUUGGAAAGCCAGGCCCUCAACCUCUCAUUUGGGCUGAGAAACACUUCCUGAUCCCCAGUUCUGCAGAGGCUAGAACUAGGCUGAGCCACGCUGCUACUGCUCUCUUCCACUCGCCCCUUCAGCUCAGCAACAAUAAAGCUGCUUUACUUGGA